AUGCGGUCGACAAUAUUCCUGGUCGCUGCUGCCAGCGUCGCCAAUGCCAAUUGGUUACGAUGGUCGGAACAUAGGGCACCCGUGUGGACACCCCAAGAGACUGGCUAUAUUGCAGAGGAGGACCAGGCUAUAGGAUUCACCCCGAAACCAACUCCAGCACCGGGUGUACAGUCUGAGGGCGAGCACAUAUUGAACGUACUACGGAGAGCGACUUCGACGGAAUGGAUCAACUCCCAGACGUGUGGAUGGGCAUCUGGAAUCUCUUCAUUUGCAUGGACAUGUGGAAGCUCUCAAACAUGUGCGACUAAUAACCAGAAUAUCGUGGCAUGCGUAUCCGGAACGUAUUCGCCGUUCUUCUCGGUCUGUUUCGAUCACUCAGCUUAUGAGCGUGGCCAAUGUGCAAGUAUUGGAUCCCAAACCGGCUGCUGCCAAGAUUCCUCGUAUCCAGUAUGUGGUACCUAUAUCUGGACCGGCUCGCCGGUACGGUCCAUGUUUCGCUGUUUCAACUCUGCGACCAUUAUUUCUAUGCUCGACGAACCGCAAUAUGUCCUCGACGCAACCCGAUCAACCACAGGCACCCGCAGCAGCGGUGACGGUGCCGUUACGGCCACAUCCGACAUCGCAACGAAUGCCCCUGGUUCGGACAAUAGCAACAGCGGAGGGUCGAAUUCGAGCUCCAAUACUGGAGCUAUCGUCGGCGGCGUGGUCGGUGGUGUGGCCGGAAUAGCACUGAUAGCCGGCCUCAUCGCCUUCUUGAUCCUACGCAACAAGAAAAAGAACAAGGACAAGCAGGCCUACAACGCCGUGCCAAUUACCGAACACAACGCGCCGCCCGGCGCAGGUCCUCGCAUGUCACAAGUUAGCAACACUGCAACGACAUACCCGCCUCAGUCUCCCUUCCCCGCCCUCAGUGCGGUUCAUGACCCGAGCGGCAGCUACAGCCAGCCCUACGACCCGAAUGCUCCGCAGCAACUCUACGAUCCCGCCAAGCAGGCUUAUGGUGGAUAUGACCCCAAAAAUCUGUACCCUGGAGUACCCAGCACGAUGGGGGGAACCAGCCCGCCGCACAGCCCUGGCUAUCCUGGCUACCAGUAUGCUCAGUCAACGGGCGGCUCUGUGGCACCACCAUCAUACCAGCAAGCGCCUAUGGAGCUGGAGGCCACCAGCCUUCCCGAAGGGCAUCAAGGGAAUCCUGUUGAGAUGGCGUCUUCGCCUCAUAGGCCCUAG